UCGAUCACCUAACCACAGGCACCUCGUUUUGUCAAGAUGGCGUCUUGCAGUAGCGGACCAAAUCAAAUCGGGAAAGAUCAAGCCAAGAAUCGUAAAAGAAAGGACUCGGAUUCAAGUUCUGAUGAAUCAGAGAGUGGAAGCACAGAUGAGAGCUUUGAUGAAAACUUGGAAAUCCCAGUGGAAUUUGAGGCAUUCCCCCCAGCAAAAUGUGACUUUACAAGCAUGAAGAAUCUUUUAAAACAGUUAUUUUUGAAAAACACUGUCAAUCUCUCAGAGCUGGCAGAUCUCAUCAUUGCACAGGACAAAAUUGGAAGUAUAAUCAAGGUUGUAGAUGAUGAGGAGCAGGCUGAGGACUCAAAUAACCCAAGUGCUGAAGAGGAGGGAGAGUAUGAAGAAGAAAUCUAUGGACUUGUCAGUGUCUUGGACCUCGCCCAACAUAAGGAGAAACAAUGUGUAAAACAAAUCAAGGAUUUAUUAUUGGAGAAAUGCAAGGCUUGCUCUAAACCCGAGGCGCUGUCAAGCUUUCAAAAUAUCCUCAGUAACAAGAGUGUAGGGCUCCUGAUCAGUGAGAGGUUUAUCAACAUUCCGCCACAAAUAGCCCCACCCCUGUACAGAACCCUUGGAAAUGAACUUAAAGAACAGAAUAAAAAGGAUAAAAGUUUCAAUCUUGACCACUUGCUGCUGAUUUCAAAAUCCUUCCGGGGAAAAGAGUCAAAGAGUUCCAAGAAAAAAAAAGGGAGGCCUGACAAAAAAUCAGCAAAGGUUGAUGAGUCUAGUCUCAAAGCGAUCAGCUUCAGUAACGUUGAAGAUGAAGUGUUUAUCAAGCAAUCCACUUUUUCAUUCAGUUACCCAGUGGCUGCUAGUGAUGAGGAGACAUUACUUGGUGGUAAAUGGGAAUUUGACGAUGCUGUACUGGAACCUUAUCGAACAGUAAUGGUCAUACCAUUCAAGCAACUCUCACCUAUUAUUACUCAAAUAGAAGAACUGGUAAAUAGUUGAUGCAUAGGUACAAUAAAUGGGAUAAUAAGGUAGGGAAAGUUAUAAUGAUAAAAGCUUUUUUAUGCCA